UCAGUUAAAAUUGGACAGCAUCCGAAUGUCGGCAGUCCUGGGCCAACAUCCGCCACUGGACUAUCUGAUAGAUAACUCCACGGUUUAUGUCACGGAGUCGGGAGAUCUUCACAAAUUCAGCGGCCAUGCAUGAAUUAUUGUUGUUUAACCCGGUAGGCCAGGUCUCCGGUCCAGGCAGUUUUGCUACAAUUACAAGUUAGAAAGCUCGAGUAGUUUGUAAGGUGAAACCGCGGUGUGUUGCUCACAGUUAUUGUUAUUUUCGGGCCGUUCAGACGUACCGUCUACCAUCCAUUCGAUUCUUAGGCCCCCCGCUACUGCACUAGUGGAAUACCCCAGAUAGCUGCCUGUGGCAGACAGUGAGCUGGAACGAGACCUUCCGACAGCCAGGCAGCUACUGAAGGUGACCCGUUGCCUACGACGCGAUAUAUUCAUAUACUAUAUACACGACAAUAAUUGACCACGACAAAGUGAUUCGGUAAUUAGUUGUUACCUGAUUUAAUACAGUGUAGUGGGUCAAUGUAAAGGUAAAGUCGUGCUCCAGUAUGGAGAAGCCGGGCGCCUUGCCGGACAGGACUACGAAACUCAGCACUUGUACGAAGUUUGUGCUAUGGAUGUUCGCUUGUGUAGCGAUUACCGGACUCAGUUUGUUAUGUGCUUUUACCACCUGGACACUGAUAACAUACCAUGAUAGUGUGGUCAGUUUACAGUCUCGACUUGACUACUUGGAAACGCAGUGGUCAACAGUUGAUAUACUGAUAGAUAGGCGGGUGGACGAACGCGUCAAAGUUUUACUUCAACAGUUUCAGAGAAACCGACAUGAAGAACCAACAAGCAAAAGGCGGACAGGCCGAGUAGUUCGCCAGGCAGCUGAUUGCCUGUGUCCCCCUGGUCCACCAGGAACUGAUGGGACCCCAGGAAAAAAAGGUGACCGAGGCCCAAUGGGUGAUAUUGGUCCCCCAGGAUGGCCUGGUAAACCGGGAUUGCGAGGAUUGAAAGGAGAAAAGGGUAGUUCAGGGGAUGUUAACAACUUGUUGCCUCACCAGAUUCGGGGACCACCAGGCCCUACUGGGCCUAAAGGAGACAGAGGAUUCCCUGGUUUCCCGGGACCAAUAGGUUUCCAGGGCCCUAAAGGAGACACAGGAGAGCCAGGUCCAACAGGAGAGAAAGGAAUGAAGGGUGAUCCAGGAGACAAGGGUCAAAAGGGUCAGCCAGGAUUACCAGGCUAUGAUGGACUUCAGGGAGCAAAGGACAACAUCAAACCAAGGUCUAUAAAACUGACAGACGGCUCACUUGGCUAUACUAGAAUAAUAACCUUAAAGGGUGACCGUGGCCCACCUGGACUACCUGGGAACAUUGGUCCGAAUUCCAACAUCACUGUUCUAACCCUCAAGGGUGAACCUGGAGAACCUGGCCGAAUAGGACCUCCAGGACCUCAGGGGCCUAAGGGCACACCUGGACUGCCUGGCUUUGACGGACUGCCGGGACCACCAGGGAAGGAGGGACCCAUUGGCCCCUCAGGACCUCCAGGUCCCCCUGGAAGAGACGGAUCCCCUGGAAUGCCUGGUCAGAAGGGUGACAAAGGUGACACAGGUGUGGGCACAUCUGUGGAUGGGGAUGACUUCCCCACUGGCUUUAUCCAAGGACCUCCAGGACCACCAGGACCAGCAGGACCACAAGGCAAAAAGGGUGAACGUGGGUUAGAUGGUGUUCCAGGGCUCAAGGGCGACCCUGGGCAAAGGGGCAAGAGAGGCAAGCGGGGAAGAAGGGGUCGGCCGGGAAAAGAUGGCCUGGAGGGAUUCCCUGGGCCUAUUGGUCAACAGGGGCCAAAGGGGGAUAAAGGGGCAUUAGGUUUACCUGGCCCCCAGGGAGAUAAGGGUGAGAAAGGAGAACCGGGAUUGGCUGGUGAGACAGGAAGUGACGGUAUCCCUGGCCCGCCGGGUCCAGCAGGUCCCCCAGGCCAGAAAGGGGAUGCAGGUGAGGGAGGCAUACCUGGUCACGAUGGCCUUAUUGGCCCACCUGGUUUACCUGGCCCACCGGGACCACCUGGAGAGCCUGGGGUGGUGGAAGGUGGAAGUGGAGAAGGUAUUCCUGGCCCACCUGGUCCACCUGGUCCAAUGGGAGGAAUGGGUUUACAGGGGCCACCUGGCAUUAAGGGAGAAAAGGGUCAUGAAGGAUUGAAAGGAGAAUUGGGCAGUCAUGGGCAAAAAGGGGAUGCAGGACCAAUGGGACUUCCUGGCACCCCUGGGCCAAUGGGUAAGCCUGGACCCCCCGGAUUCCAAGGCCCUGUGGGACCACCUGGACCACCUGGACGCUUAGGGGGCUCGUUUGCCACCAUGGGUGGUGAUGGCACCUGCAGCUGUGAAAAGGGUGAUAAGGGAGAUGUAGGAGAUACAGGAAGGAGAGGAAGGCGAGGAAAGAAAGGUGAUAAAGGGGAGAGGGGAGAUCAGGGUUUGCCCGGCCUUGAUGCCCCGUGCCCAAUAGGGGAGGAUGGUCUCCCCUUACCUGGCUGUGGCAGCAUGUUUGUCAGGAGAGGCAGGACCAGACGUGACCCGUGAUCCCGAUCUAACAAUAUGUGAAUAAACAAGGUGUACAUAGUUCAGCCAUGUUCAAAUAUUCAAGGAGGACGUAAGAAGGAUGCCAGCAGCACAAACCAGCCCUACCUUAGGGAAGGGGACAGGGUAUAUUUGAGGGGUAGGGGGAAAGGGGGAGAUUUAAAGGCUAAGAGCUGAACUCUAACUGUAUUAUAGCCCUGUGAAAAAUGGGCCGCUAGGUUGUGAUGUCUGUUACUUUAACAGUUAACUGGUUUUUGGCUCAGCUGUACAAGACACUCAGCUGUUAGAAAAAGGAGGCAAAGGUUGCCCAGUUUUAUUGUACCCAUGCAGUACUUGACAAUUGUGAAGAGUCUGUUCCCUUCUUAAUUGAGGGCUGUGAAAAUUCAGGGGAGCCGAUACUAUGUGAGAGGCCAGGCCACCAGACUGUACCACGAAUAUCAGGAUGCCUUCUGCUGGCUCUUUUACAGGGAGACUGACAUGUGAAAAUAACUGUUUUUGUGCACCAUAUGCUUUGGUAAUGAAAUGGGGAUUUAGGCUUCAUUGUCUUCGGAAACAUGAGAAUUUAUGAGUAUUGUCUGAAAAUAUUGGAACACCACAUUAAUUUUUUUUUCGUCUCAGGGCAUGCAUAUAAUUAAUUACUGUGCUUUCAGUCCAAGCCUGAGGCUGUUCUAAAUUGUCACCCCAUCCUGUGGAGCCUCAUGGUUCACAUCACUUCAGAGGGUUCAGAGCCUCAAGUGAGCGGAUGCAGCCCAUUAUGUGAACUUGUGCAGCUGAUAAAAUACAAGAUGAAGUGAUAAAUCAGUGGUGAUGUCUGGUGAUAUAUACUCAGCCUAGAUAUACCCAAAUGUUCUGCAGUGCUUUACCCAUAACCAAUUGUCCAGAGUUGCAUACACAACCCUUCCAGGCUUUUUUUUUUGGCCUGAAGAAUUUGUACAUAUGCUAAAUCAUUUUAAUUGUCUUCAGAGGAACAUACACCAAGUGCUCUGUUAGUUUAAUGAGGUUUCUACAUGAAUUGUAAAGUAGUUUUGAUGUGUUCAGCUAAAAUUUUCUUUUCAUUUCAACCCAGUAUUUAUUAAGAGGAGGCGUCAAAAUUUACGGUUGAGUAAAAACUUUAAAAACAGAAAACAUAUAAGUUUACACGCAAAUUUCGUUUGGAUAACAAUGUCAUUUAUACAUCAUAACAAAUUUGUGAUGGCUCUUAAAUUUAUAGGUAACAGUGUACUACAUUGGUGAUGCACAAUGCAACAAACUGUUCCUUUAAAAUAUGUUAUAGGAUAGAUUUCAGAUUUAUUGGAUUUGAAAAUUUAGUCCAGUAAUCAUGUCUUCCAAGGAGAAUGAGAAUGUGGAGUAAACAUUCUGAUAUGAGGUUUGUUUGUUAGAAUCAUAUUAUAUUAAUGUUUCUUGUGGUCGUCACUAUUGUUAAAAGUUUCAUGUCAUCUAAAUGGCCUAGUUUGAUACAAUACAAAGGUAACGAGUAACAUUAUCAAUUUGACCUCGAUUUAUUUUCUAUGGUAGCAUUUAGUUUGAAGACUCAUUUGUAUACAAUAUGGAACAGUAGCUGAUAUAGAUUGUACAUAUCAUUUUUGUGAGUAUAUAUGUGUUGUUCAUACUGAGAUUUGUCUUUGUUGUUGUUGUAAGGUAACCUAUAACCCAAGUCCCAGAAAUGUGCGUGGUGGGGUGGGUGGGCGGGGAGACUAUGUCACCCAAAAACCCUACAUCGUAUGUUCUAUGUAUAGACGUAUCCAUAUCUUUUACUAAAUGUCAUACCUAUCUUUCAAUCGUCUAUUGUUACUCUAUUUAACAAUCAAAUAAUGUCUGGGCAGUUGUUUUAAUUUGUAGCUAUAAUUUCUUUGUUGAUAGAUUUCUCCAUGUGACCUGGCCAACAUGUCUGUGUACUUUUGUCCUGGCCCGCCAUUGUUAGUUAGUAGGGCAUCUAAGUGAGCCUCACUCCCCCACGUACAGGGAAUACACGUGUCUAUGGAGCUCCGCCGCUCGACCUCCUAUCGCUGGCCCGCGCUGGAGCUGAGACACGUGAUCAUCGCUCAGUAAAAGAUGGCCGUGUCGUGACAGCGGGCCUGAUUGACAGGCUGUACGUUUCACACGUGCAUACAAGUCAGGUUGUUGGCCCGUACUUUUAUCGCCAUGCAGUUGCACAUGUAUCUAUCUUUGUGAUGUGCAUGCCACUGUCCUAGUUUUGGGAAUAAAUGCAAGAUAUCCAACCUAAAAGAUUUUGCAACAAGUGAAAAAGAAAUAUAUUCUGUAUUUGCGUACUUUUUGUCCAAUAUUGGCGCCGGUGGCUGUAAGAGGCCGACAUGCUGACGACAGUUCUGGAGAAAAGAAUUUUGUGCAGGCCCUAUAGUUACUCGAAGAAUAAAUAGAAUGUAGAACACUUUUUUCCCCCGUCACUUCUUUCCUGUGGACCUAAGUUUCUUUUCUUGGCAGAUGGUGCCACAUGUAGGCUGGUCGGGUUCCGAACGGAACAGGGGCGCAGGUCGGGCUGACAUCGUCCUGGCUUACCGCAGGGCUAGGGGUUCAGCACGAACUCUGUAUGCUUCUUAAACAUCUUGAGCUGAAUAAAGUGGAUUACAUAUAAAGUGGACAAAUACAACCGUGAACCCAACCUAUAUCAGAGGUCGCUAAUGACGUUACUGGAAGAAGGCUUGGGUUUCAGGUAUUAACACCCUCGAUCUUGUCUAAAACCUCGAUCUGGGCGCAGGACAGGUGUACGUAUAUGCCUAUGCAAGAAAGAAAAGCCUUAAUGAUGACCAGUCCACCCACUGAAUUUGACCUUAGUUCGGUAAACUAGACUACAUGAAAACACCAUCUGAUCAGGAUAAUUCUGUAUUUGGUUCAUCAUCAUAUUUUUAUCUUGUGUUAUGUAAAUAAAUUGUCCUAACUUUCUUUUUCA